CUGACUUAUUGCAGACAAUACGUCUGUUUAAGCAGCUAGCAUUAGCAUAGCUUCACACUUUCGUCCAUUUUGUUUAGCUUAGCUUCCCCGGCUAACACCAGCUCUGUGCAGCAGAGAUGGAUGACGGUGACGAGUCAGGUUUAGUCCUCUCUCACAACACUUCCUCAAGCUCAAAGCCCGGUGGGGACAAGAUGUUUUCCUUAAAGAAGUGGAACGCUGUGGCCAUGUGGAGCUGGGACGUGGAGUGUGACACCUGUGCCAUCUGUCGGGUCCAGGUGAUGGAUGCUUGCCUCCGAUGCCAGGCAGAAAACAAACAAGAGGACUGUGUUGUUGUUUGGGGAGAAUGCAACCACUCCUUCCAUAACUGCUGCAUGUCCCUCUGGGUGAAGCAGAACAAUAGAUGUCCCCUCUGCCAGCAGGACUGGGUGGUUCAGAGAAUCGGCAAAUAAGCUUCACUCCUGGCGAUCAGGUUUUCAGACGGCACCUGUAUGCACCCAAGGUGGUCAUGGACUUGACGGUGAUCACUACAGUGUCCUGUGCAGAGCCACUUGGCCUUUGACAACUGUCCUCCUACUUAUGGUUGCAUGUUCCAGUAGUGCUGGUUGUCAAUGGAAGGUGAUGGACAAACAUUAAAGCAACACAGGCCAGUUGUUACUGAUUUUUGAUUUGGCUGGCAGGGGUCAACAGUCUCAAAAGAAGGAUAAAACUUGGUGUGUUUGGCCACAUUAGCUUUACAUUAUCACCUGUGGUGCUGCUUAGCACAUCUUGAAUAUGUGACUGUCUUUUUAAAAAAUAAAGAAUUGUGUAUAGCUGUAAA